AUGGCUCAGAAAUCUCAAAGCGUGAGCCAGUCCGAGGACCAGGCAAAUUCGGGCAGUCGCACGCUAUCCGCCAAGGACGGCGCAGGAGCAACAAGCUCGACUAAGCAGUCUGCCAACUCUACUACUAGUAACGCGGGCUCCAUAUCAUCCUCCAUCCUGCCACGAAUGUCUGACCCGACGCCAAUUUCCACAUCCAACUCGGAGUCCCCGCAACCCAUGGAGAAGCCUUCUGCGGCCGGUUCGCAGCCGUCGCCUUAUGGCACGCGCUCACGGAACCGCACAGGCGCCACGCGACCAAAUUAUGCCGAGGACAAAGAUAUCGACAUGGACAUAUUUGACACUUAUCCUCACCGAAAAGACGACGAGUCUAAAAAGUCCAACACCAGGCAGCAACAGGGAGCAUCAACAACAACAUCAUCUUCUUCGUCAUCGUCAGCGGCCAAUGCAACCCAGUCUGCCCCACGCUCUGGGAAUGGUUCCUCAAGAAAGCCACUUCCGGAUGAGAGCAGGCAAAACGCUGCAAGCAACGGUAGCAAGGACUCUCAUCAAAAUCAGAACCAGUCGUCGACUGCAUCGCCAUCGGUUGCUGGUGGCGCUGCUGCGGCAAAUGGACCUUCCAAGAGCAAGAAACGCAAGGCGGCUGACAGCGCCCCGACGGUCAGCGGCAGCCAAACACCUGUGCCAUCAAACGGCACCCCGUCCACGUCGGCGCUACAAAACCGCCUUGGAUCCAGCGCGCAGAGCAGCGGAAAUGCCACACCAGGCGGGUCGGGUUAUUCCGAGACGAAUUUGCUCACCUUUGAGAAAUGCAAGGCGCGACCGAAGGAUGGCAAAAUGGUGGCCGACGACGGCACUGUUCUCGCGGUAAACGAUCACGUCUACCUAGUAUGCGAGCCUCCGGGCGAGCCAUACUACCUGGGUCGCAUCAUGGAAUUCUUGCAUGUCAAGAAUGACCCGACGCUGCCAAUCGAUGCACUGCGCAUCAAUUGGUACUACCGGCCCAAGGACAUCGGGCGCAAGGUGCAAGACACGCGUCUUGUUUUUGCCACGAUGCACUCAGACAUUAGCCCUCUGACGUCGCUGCGCGGCAAGUGCCAGAUCAAGCACAAGGCCGAGAUUGAGGACAUGGCGAGCUACAAGCGCAUGCCCGACUGCUUCUGGUAUGAGAAGCUGUAUGAUCGGUACAUCCAAAAGAACUACGAGGUGAUUCCGACAAGCCAGGUCAUCAACGUGCCUGAGCAUGUCAAGAAGGUGCUGGACGAGCGUUGGAAGUUUGUCCUAACCGAGCAGGGCCGGGGCAAGGAGCUGACCAGUGCGGUCAAGACGUGCAAGCGAUGCACCGGUUACUGCGCGAACAACGAUUCGGUCGAUUGUGCCGUGUGCCAGAACACGUACCACAUGAACUGUGUCAAGCCCCCCCUGCUCAAAAAGCCAAGCCGUGGCUUUGCCUGGUCGUGCGCCGCAUGCAGCCGCGCACAGGAGCGCAAGCUCGAGGCGCGCAACACGCCCAACAUUUCGGAUCCGCAUGUCGAUGCCGAGGACGACGAGGGCCUGGAUGAUGAGGACGAAGAGAUGGGCGGUGUGGACGGCGUCGACACGGGACGCACCAGUCGCACCAGCCCGGUCGAGGAGGAUGCCCAUCCGCCCCCGACUGCCGAGCAGAUCUACCACGCCAGUCUCUGGCCCUACAGGUAUUUGGGAAUGCACUGCAAAGCCGAGGAUGCGCUCGAUCUCGAUGAUCGUAUCUUCCCUCGCGCUAGCACCCGGCUAGGUCCCCGUCACCAGGCCAUUGUGGUCCCCUGGUUUGGGCGGCCCGUUCAAUACGUCAAGCCCCUGGAGUUCAAAAAGACGGGUAAGAGCAACAAACUCACUAAAGAGCAGCAAGCCGCCCUUGAGGCCGAGCGCAUCGAGCGGGAGAAACGUCCGAAGUGGAUUCAGGACGAGCCUCCCGGAUAUGUCGAGCGGGGAGGUGACGAUACUGCCACCCUUCUCUACAAGCCCCCCGAAGAUUGCGGUGUGCGCAUGUCCAGUGAGGCGCUCGACGAUUACAUGGAUGUCGCCAGGUCGAUGGCGAUUUCGCUCGGACUGCCGCGUUACUCGACUAAUCUGCAGGAUGUUGCCAGGGACCUUCUUUUCCGCAAUGAUUUUGACCCAGAGAAGGCCCUUAAGGAACUCUCCGAGGUCCCCAAGUCGGUUUUCAAUGAGCCUGAAUUGACGCCGGCCGAGCAGAAAAAGUUCGAGGAGGGUGUGGCCAAGUACGGCUCAGAGCUGCACAGCGUCAUGAAACACGUUAAGACUCUAAGCCCAGCAACCGUCACCCGCUGGUACUACACGUGGAAGAAAACGGAGCGUGGGAAACAGAUCUGGGGAAAUUUCUCGGGCCGGAAGGGCAAAAAGGACGCCAAAAAGGCCGAAGCUGCUGCUAACAAGCUGGCUGACGAUGUUGCCGACGACCACGACGAUUCGGCAUUUGACGCAGAGAAAGCAAAGGAACGGAAGAAGGGAUUCAUUUGCAAGUUCUGUGGUGUCAAAAAGUCACGCCAAUGGCGACGGGCUCCCGCUGCGGCGGUGACGCCCGUUACCGAAAACGGCAGCCGCAAUAAUAACAAGGACAAAAAGGACCAGUACAUUCAGGCGCUCUGCCGGCGAUGCGCAGAGCUGUGGCGACGCUAUGCCAUCCAGUGGGAGGACAUUGAUGAGGUAGCCAAGAAGGUUGCGCAGACAGGCGGCCGGGGAUGGAGGCGCAAGGUUGAUGAGGAGCUUUACAAGGAGCUUCUUGCGGCUGACGAGAUGAUGAACAACACCCGGUUCCCGUCACCCGAACCGGCCGCAGCGGCAAGUCCAGCAGCUUCGACUUCGCUCAGCACACAGGUAGCGUCACAGGAGCCGCCGCGCAAGAAGCUCAAGGGCUGGGCCGACAAGGAUAUCGAGAAGACGCCUUCAGAAUCAGGCAGCGUCUCUGCCGGCCCGGUUUCCAAGAAGAAAGAGAAAGCGGCCGAGAAGCAGCAACCGCCGCCUCCUCCUCAUGUUCCCGAGAUUCCGAAACCCCGGACGCUACCAUGCGCGAUAUGCAGAGAAAUGGAGCCGCUUGGGGAUCAGCACCUCUCUUGUAGGGAAUGCCGUCUCACCGUACACCGGAACUGUUAUGGGGUUGUCGACAACCGCGCUCCGGGCAAGUGGACUUGCGACAUGUGCCUGAAUGAUAAAAAUCCGCAGCUCUCGAUUCAUUACAAGUGCGUGCUCUGCCCGGUUGAGUAUACCGAGCACGAGUUUGUUGAGCCGCCCAAGAUAUCGUCUUCUCACAAGAAGAAGACCGAAAAGGAGCGCGAACGUGAGCGACUCGAGCGCGAGAAUGCCCAGAAAGCUGCCGAGUACUACCGCAAAAAGCAGGAAGAGAUGAACCGGCCAGUUAACCCCCGCGAACCCCUGAAGCGCACCGCAGAUAACAACUGGAUACACGUCACCUGUGCGGUCUGGACUCCUGAAGUCAAGUUUGGGAACGCCAAGACGCUGGCGCCCAGCGAAGGCGUUCCAUUGAUUCCGCGUUCCAACUAUGGGAAAGUGUGCAAGGCUUGCAAGAGGGACGAAGGCGCCUGCGUAUCCUGCCAUCAGUGCCACACGCCUAUCCAUGUCGAGUGCGCACACCAGGCUGGCUAUGUCUUGGGUUUUGACGUCACGCCCGUCAAGGGAUCUCGACGUGAUCAGUUUCGCAUUGUCACCAUCAACGGGGAGACAGGGGUCAUGUCAGCCGCCAUUUGGUGCAAGGAGCACGUACCGACCAAGACCAUUGUCCAUCGCAUGCAUGACGUUGUGGCCGAGAACGGAAUGAAUGCUCUGCAGCUCUACGUACAAAAUUACAAGCAGGCCGAUCUGGCCUUGACUGGGUGCGCGAGGAAGGCGAACCAGAUUACCGUGGCGUCCAAGAUGACAACGUCGCCGUCAACUCCCGCUUCGCAGAACCGACGGACAUCUUUGGUUGCGUUGCUCAAUGGUGACCAUGGAGAUACGGCGCUGAAUGCUCUUCAACCCGGCGGCAAAAUUUGCCUUACGUGUGGCGUCGACGUUAGCCCUAAAUGGCAUCCCAUAGACCAGGCGCAGGAACGCGAGCUUACAAAUGGCUACUUCGGCAAUCUCGGAUCCGAGGCGCAGAAAUUUGUCGAGCAGCGAAGUUUUCAAUGCCACAAGUGCAAGAAGGAUGGCCGGAAGCCGAACGCGCACCCGCAGCCGCCGAAGGAGCCUACACCUCCUCCCGAGCCUGUGCGGCAGGCAACGCAAGCAGCGGCAGUAGCUGUCCUGCCUCCCGUUGGGCCAGCAGAACCGAGACACGCGAGCAGGGGCCCGUAUGGGUGGUCGCCUCCGCUACAUGCGAUUUCUGGCCCGCCUACCCCGGUGCAACCUUUGCCUCUUCAAGCUCCCUCGCUCGGCCCCAUGCCUCCUGCGAUCGUCCCUCCCGUGGUGCAAGCGCCGCCCGUAGCGCCACCUCCGCUGCCCCCGACCAUCGCGCCACGGGCUCCGCCAGUCCAGCCUCCGUCGUUCGCACCAUCGCCUCGACAGUUUGACUGGCACCGGCCCUCAACGGGCCAUGGCCCACCCCCGCUACACCCGGUCCGUGAUGUCAACGGCGGGCCGUCGCCCCCUCCUACCGCUAUUCCACCGCUAGCUAACCACCUACGACCACCGCCCAUCGUCACCAUGAACCACUCUUCUCCACCCGCCCCCCAAAGCGGCGGACACCUAACACAGGCAUCGUUCGUGAACGGCGUGCCGCAGUCGCCGCGGCGUCUCAGCGGUCCCACGGCUCCAAACGGUGCUCCGUACCUAUCUCACCAUGUCCAGGGCCCGCCGCCCCCGACCGAGCUCCGGCCGCAUCACAGCCACAACCACAUGGCCAUUAGCUCUAUCUCACCGGUAGUGCCUGGCCCUGGGCCCGAGCCACAGGCGCCGCAGCCGCUGAACUACCUCCGACAGUGGGCCCAGCCUGGCCCGCAGCACCUCAAUCACACCAGCCCCCCGCCCCCGCCACUGCGGGAAAGUGCCUCACUGACGAGAGAACCGAGUCUACCUCCGCCGAGACUGGGAGAUAACAACCGGCCCGUCAGCGGGGCAAGUGCGAGCCCGUCAUUGAGAAACUUGCUUUCUUAG